GGUCCUUGCCGUGGCGUCCAUGGCGGCCGGGCAAGGCGGAGGCACUACGGCCGGUGGGGGUGGCGAUGGUCCCGGUGGGUCGACUCCUGGCCCGGUCCCCGGCCCAGGCCUGGUUCCCCCCGGUGCCGCCUCCUCCUUUUCCAGCUUCUCGGAGCCGGGUUCGGGCUUCUUCGGCCUGGGCCUGCCGGCUCACUUGACGCUUUCGUACCCGGGCACGGGUCCGGCCUGGGGCGCGGCAGGCGGUUACUCCGGCUGCGGGGCAGCCGCUUCGCCGCCCCUCUCUUCUUCGGCGGCGACCUCGUCGUCGGGCGGAGCCGCCUCGUCGUCCCCUCACACUGGCCGCAGCCUUGACAAGGCCCUCGAGGAGGCCGGCAGCUCGGGCAUCCUUUGCCUCAGCGGUCGGAAGCUGCGCGACUUCCCCGCCGCUAACAACGGCGGCGGCUACGACCUCAGCGACACCACGCAAGCCGACCUUUCCAAGAACAGAUUUGCUGAAAUUCCUCCUGAUGUGUGGCAGUUUGCACCACUUGAGACAUUGAACUUAUAUCACAACUGCAUCAAAUCAAUUCCUGAAGCGAUUAAAAAUCUGCAGAUGCUAACAUAUCUGAAUAUCAGUCGAAAUCUUUUAUCAACCUUGCCAAAAUACCUGUUUGAAUUGCCACUUAAGGUUUUAGUUGUCAGCAAUAAUAAACUUGUGUCCAUUCCUGAAGAAAUUGGAAAGUUGCGAGAUUUAAUGGAGUUGGAUAUUAGCUGCAAUGAAAUCCAGGUCCUUCCACAGCAAAUAGGAAAGCUGCAGUCACUUAGAGAAUUAAAUUUACGAAGAAAUAAUCUCCAUAUACUGCCUGAUGAAUUAGGAGAUCUUCCCUUGGUAAAACUAGAUUUCUCUUGUAAUAAAAUCACAGAGAUACCAGUCUGUUACAGAAAGCUACGUCAUUUGCAAGUAAUAAUUUUGGAUAACAAUCCAAUGCAGAUACCACCAGCACAGAUAUGCUUAAAGGGCAAAGUACAUAUAUUUAAAUUCCUCAGCAUUCAAGCAUGCCUCAGAAUAGAUAAAAAGCCAGAUUCCUUGGAUUUGCCAUCUCUGGGGAAAAGAAUCCCUUCUCAGCCCCUCACGGACAGCAUGGAAGAUUUUUAUCCAAAUAAAAACCAUGGCCCAGACUCUGGAAUUGGUAGUGAUAAUGGGGAUAAAAGAUUAUCUACUACAGAACCAUCCGAUGACGACACAAUCAGCCUUCACUCUCAGGUAUCGGAAUCAACCAGGGAGCAGACCCUCCGAAAUGACAAUCAGUUGCUAGGAAAUAAACCUGAAUUGCAUAAAGACCCAGAUGUAUGUGAUUACCUUGAUCCCACCUCUGAAGAUGUGGCUUCUUGUGAUCAAGGAGAUGUACAAACUGGACCAGCAGUCUGUGUUAUUAAGGAGCGAGUGAAGCAGGCUGAGAAGUCAAAGAAAAUGGAAAGGAAUGAAGAUUGGGGGGAUGAGAAAAAGGAUGAGCGAGAACAGCUGUUGGCAGAGGAAGAUGAUGAAUUGAAGGAAGUGACUGACCUAAGGAAAAUAGCUGCUCAACUACUGCAACAAGAACAGAAGAACAGACUUCUGAAUCACUCCACCUCCAUAAGCACAAGAAAUAGACCAAAACAGACUGUGGAAUUUGAAAAAAGCCUUUCAGCAGAUGAAGCAAAUUCUCCAUCUUCUCCCUACAGCUGGCAGUCCUUGGAAAAUCAGAAAGACCAGUCAGAUGAGCAACAUUGGCCAGACAUGCAGCCAGUCAUCUGGCAGAAUGAGGAGAGGAGGCGGAGCAAGCAAAUCAGAAGAGAAUAUUUCAAGUAUAAGUCUUCCAGGAAGAGUUCAAGUGGAAAUGAAAAUGAUGAGCAAGACAGUGAUAAUACUAAUGUGUCCCCACAGUCUCCUGUGUCGUCUGAGGAUUAUGACAGGGCAGAUGGCAACACUCACGGCCCUUUUGGAUUGAAGCCCAGAUCAGCUUUUGGCCGUUCUCGUCAGGACUACAGUGCUGUAGACCCUGGAUUCACAAUGAGAAGGAAAAUGGAACACUUGCGGGAAGAAAGAGAACAAAUAAAGCAGCUACGCAAUAAUCUUGAGUCACGGUUGAAAGUCAUUUUGCCAGAUGACAUUGGAGCAGCAUUGAUGGAUGGGGUAGUCCUGUGCCAUUUAGCCAAUCAUAUAAGACCACGAUCUGUUGCCAGUAUUCAUGUUCCCUCACCAGCUGUGCCUAAACUCAGUAUGGCAAAGUGCCGAAGAAAUGUUGAAAAUUUCCUUGACGCUUGCAAAAAACUGGGUGUCCCACAGGAGAGACUUUGCCUGCCCCAUCAUAUUUUGGAAGAACGGGGCCUUGUGAAAGUUGGACUCACAGUUCAGGCCCUUCUGGAAAUACCUUCAUCUAAAGCACCACAGCUUUCCUGUCUGUAAGAGGACUCCCAGAGAACAAAUGUUGCCAUGAUGUGGAUCAAAUCAAAUCAAAUCAUGAUGUGGUUGCUAUGGAUUGAUGUCAGCCAGUCCAACUUUCUCCAGAGGAACACCACAAGCCAUCAGAAGUUGUUUCAGGCCAGGUGGUUUAGAUGGAGCCUUAUUAUGGACCUCUGUGUAGAAUCUUGAUAUCAAAAUGACAGUAACCCAGCAGAGUGAAGAAUUGUACUGCUUUUUGUUGAAUUCAGAGCCAUCAGAUUUUGAAAUCUUCAGUCUCUUGCCAGGUAGUAGGUCUUAAUUCUCCCAUUAACACUUCAUGAUGUUAUCCUCUCUCCCCUGUUCUUAAAACAAAAAAAAUGCAGUGCAGGAAUCUGUUAUGCUGCGGGGUCCUAGGCUCUUUCUUAGAGUUUGCAGCACACAUUAUAGGAGACAAAUUACAUACAUUGGCAAGGAGUCCCAACCAGUUUCUGGCUCUUUGUGGUCAUGUAUUCACCAUUCCUUGUAAUGUACAUUUGUCUCCUGCAUCAGGUUGUGUGUGCACGCUGCCAGUCCAGGCUAAAAAUAUAUUACGAAAUGUAGCUCGCAGUCAGAUUCCUACUAAGGAGUUUAAUUUUUUUUAGCAGAAAAUAUCACUGCUGCGUUGUUGGUAGAAAUUUCAAUCGAUCAUACUGUCCAUUUUUAACAUUUUCCAAAAUAUUUGUCCUUCAUUUCUUGCACUUCUUACUGUUGUACCAUCUCCAAAAAAUUAGUUGGUGUAUGAUGAUGACGAAGAAUAGUAUACAGUAUAAAGGACAAGUUGUGUGGUUUUUUUCAGUAUUCUAGGUUGGUGCCAAAUUUUUUUUUCAGUUGUACUGUAGAUUGUUUACAUGUGAAGUGCCUGUGUAAUUGAUAACUUUUACUAGUCUUAAAACAUUUUUGCUAUUCUUUUUAUGUCUCAAUAGAUGCAAUGCGUAUUUUUAAAUAUUAGGUUUUUUUGUAAGGUUGGUAAUAAGUGAAGUUUAAAAGACUAACAUCUGAGUGUUGGAUGUUCUUCAGUUUGCACAGUUUGAAUUUAUUAGGUUUGAUUUUUUAAAAAAGAAAAUGUAAAUACACUUUUAUUUAUCCUAUUUAAUUUGAUACGUAAUCACUUUUUAAUGUAUUGUUGGACAAACAGAUGUUACUUUUUAAAUUAUUUUCCUUGUCUAGGACAAACAAUGACAUAUAGAGUGAUUAAAAUGAGUCGAAUGGAAGCUUAUGAGUUGGGGGGUAAAACUGCCAAAAAAAUUUCUCAGGUUUAUAUUGUGACUGUUGGGGUUUCAUAUCUUGCAUCCUGACUUCAUGUUGUUGUUCUUUUUAACAUAAAAGAAAAUGCCAUAGAGUGAUGAAAUGGAAGCCAGGAAUAGUUCCACUUUUGCAAUGUUUACAGAACCACUACAAAUUUUGCUUGUUUGGGACCUGAGUGAUUUCUUCUGCACUGGAUGUUAUAACACCAUGCUGCAAAUCCGUUUUUCAGGCACCCUUGCCACAAAUCCAUUUUGCAUUUAUGUUUCCCUUCAUUUUAAAAGCUCUAAUACUGGGCUAUCAACAUUCUUUGGAGACUCAGACAUUCCCCACAUUGGCUGCUCUUUCAGACUUCUCUUUGAGUUUGCCUUCCUGUGUGCGAACAGUAGAUAGCAAAUUGCAAACAGGUUGCAGAAUUUUUAUUCGGUUUAGAGGGGAACAAGUCUUUUUUUUUUGCAGUUUGCCUGUGUAGUCAGAGUAGGCUCUGGCUCCUCCUUGCCUAGAUAUAACAAAAUAUUCUUCCUAUUUAGUUUUGCUACUGGAAGAAUUUGCUGUUCUAUUCCUAUUGGUUGUGGCAGUGCAUAGUUGUACAAACUGAACUAAUUGGUGGAAGAUUAGGCUGGGGCCACCUUUCACCUUUUGAAGGGUGUGGAUGUUUUGCUAGAUGUGUGCCAAGGAAACCUCAGCUCCUCUUGCUCAGGUUUUAAAAGUUUAGAGUGAAUGUGAGGCAGAUUUUGUAGAUGGCCUCCUUUGGCCAAACAAAAAAGCACAGCAAACUGCAUAUCAAUUUUUUUUUAGAGAAGUGAGUUAUUUUAGAGGAUACCCUGUAUAUGCCUACAUUUGCUCAUUAAUUUUACUUUUUCAUAAGUGCUGUUUUUUUUUUAAAUUUGAGUUUGUCACAACAAAAGUGAGGGACUACCGUUCCCCCACCCCCACCCCCGAUCCAGGUUGGCAGCAGGGUUUAUUGACCUGCUUCUUUUCCCUAGCCCUGCUUCUCCUUCAAGAUAGAUGCUGCUUCAGCACAACUUGCAUAGUUUACUGGAAAAGGUUGAGAGGGAGGAGGCCAGGCAGAUGAGCAAGCUGGAGGUUGGGAUGCAAAUUUGUGGCGUGGCCUUAGGCUUGAGCACAAACCUGUGGUAUUGUUGGACUUGCAUUGCUUUGAACAGCAUUUGGCCAUGACUUUUUCAUACUGUUAUUCCCCCUCUUGUUCAAAAGAGGCUUGACGUGCAGCAUUGCUAUCCAUGGACUUGUGGAAAUAAUUAUACAGGUCUUUUUGAUCUUGGCCUAAGCUGCAUCUCUUUUCUCUCCCCCACCCCCAGCCCCUUUUUCUUUGCAAAGUAAGCCAAGCAAUAUAGCUAUACUUGUCUCUGAAUUGCAUCUUUGCCUUAAGGCUCAUGCAGAUUGUUUUAGAAGUCACUGCUGCCAAAGCAUAGUAUGCUUUUUGGGUUCAAAAGAUUGAGAUGUAGUGUAGACUUCUCAAUGAUUUUCCUUUUCCCUACUAACAAGCCCUUUCCUCAUAAAAGGAAUCUUUUCAAUUUCUCCAGCUAUGUCCAACAUACUUGCUUCCAACGCAUGCAGCUGUGUACAUCUGAACAUGCAAGAUUUUUGCUGGCAGCAGCUUGUUUUUGAAAAUUCGUGUUGCUGAGACUUAGUAAAAUCCAGAAGUUAUUACUCUCUCCUUUCCAUGAGGACAGCAUCAGCAGACUGCCUUAACAUGUUCCGUCAAUUGUGAAACUAAAAUUCCUCCCUUUGAUUCUAGAGUAAUCGGCUGGAGUAAGUAGAUCUAAGCAGUGUCUUCAGGAUUUAUGCAGUUCUUCAGAUCGAAACAAAUGCAAAGGUGUUGCAUUGGCCAUAGCUUUCAUCAGGAGACCAUGGGUACCAGGGUGCCAGGAAUGAUUAGACAUUAGCUUGUAUCCUACUAUUUGUUUCCAGUGAUACAAGUACCUCCACUUUGCCCCUAGUGCUGUUCAUGAAGACACUCCACUCCCCCCCCCCCACCCCGAACAGCAAUUCAGUGGACUGAAGCAAGAAGGGGUAGUAGGAAAAUCCUUCUCUGUGAGCUCCCUUACCAAAUCUCAUUGGAUUCUAGGUUUCCUACUGCUCUCUCCCAAGUGUACCUUUAGGUGGGUUCCUUGAUGGGAAGUCUUACCAUUAAACUAGGUUAAGGCUACACUGGAGGGAUUUGUGAACUAGCUCUUACCAAAUUAAGUUUGGCGAAGUUGGUCUUUGAGACUGAAUAAAGCCCCCACACAAGCACUUAGGAUGAAGUAUUCAGAUAAAAUAUUUUGUUCUGUACAGCAAUUGGCAUUAUGAAUGAGGGCAGGAGGGAGUCCUGUUGUGUAAAUCCCCCUCCCAGUUGGUUCUCCAUUCAAAUGCAGUUAUUAUCGGGUUUUUCUAAAUCAAAGUAUGUGGAAAUACCCCCCCCUUUUAGGUAUUUUUAGAUCUACUUUAUUGUUCUUUUGUUUGUAAUGUUCUUUUUGUAGGCGCUCCUUUUUAUAGAUGUUCCUUUUUAAGAAGGAUAGGUUCCACUUUGCAAAAGGAGACAUCCUGUCUCUUUAGUGUAUGACAAAGAACAGAUAUAUAAAGCCCUGCUUCCCCUGUGGAGGCUUGGCAAAUUGUGCAAAAUCAUAGUAUUUAAUUCAAGAGGCGUGUGUCUGUGUAUGGUAGGAAUCCCCCCCCCCCUUUCAUUACUUUUUAAUUAAUCAUCAAGCACAGCACUUCUUAGCCGACCCUGAUCUCGGUGACUUUUGCUCAUAGGAUAAAGAUUUACUGCUAUUUCUAGGACUGUUUUCAUGAUCACCUAAGUCUCCCCAUCAUGCAUCCCAAGAAUGCCUUUGCACAGACAAUACCUGCCUUAUGCAUGCCAGGUUCUCUGUGGAUGGGUGCUGCUUCUCAGGGGGAGGUCUGAAAAAUGUCCUGCCUCAUUAAUAUACACGUGGGUGUUGAGAAAGAGCAGCUGUAUCCACGGAAUGGCCAGCUUAGGCAAGACCAGCUCUAUGUGAAUGUAUCCUUGCACAAAUUCCAGGCGUGCUUUUAAAAACAAACAAAAAUGAAAUACUGAGUUCUGUCCUGUUCUUUGAAUCAGAUUAGUGAUGGAAGGCUAAUGAUUAAAAACUCGAUGCUACCACUAUUUGGGGGGUGAGGUGGAGUCAAAUGCAAAUAAGCACACUUGUAAGGAUUGUGGGGGUGGGAUGACUAGGAAGGCUUACAAACCUAUUGUGUAAUCUGUAGGAUUUGGACAAACUAGGAUUAGGGUGGGUGGAUGUGUGCUUUUGAAAAAAAAAGCAGUAUGAUCUCUUGUAUUCACUUUUGUAUUUUUCCGUCUUUCUACCUAAUUCAGUAACUAUAACCAAAUUGACAGCAGCUGCUUUAUGUAAAUGUGUGCAAAACUAAUUUCAGCAGUUUGGACAAUAAAUCAGAAGUAGCAAGGGACUAUUACUUUUUCUGUGUAUAUAUUGCCAUAUCUAUUUGCAUUUUAAUUCACUUUGCAUUCAUGUUUGGUAAAAUGCUUUCCCCCCUCAUUGUAUUGUAUAUGACUCAACAGGUUUUUUUCCAGGACUACUUUAUUGCUGGAGCUUCCAACAAGUAUAUGUUCAUUGGAAAUGGUCCUGCUGUUUAAUUAUCUUCUGUAAAUAGUUUUGUAUUGAAUCUGCAUGGAGAAGACCCUCAUGUCCAAAACUGAUGUACAUAUUCUAUGUAUAAAAUUCAAACUCUUUCAUAAUU